AUGUAGUGAUUUGGUUAAAUAUCGUUUGGCUGAAUAUACAUAUGACAAAAUGAUUAUUCGGAUCAGAUGAUAUGGACCUACUCCCUAUAGUAGGAGAAGCUGCUAGCUCUGCUAUAAAGACGAGUGGAGAUCGCGUGUGAAAGAGUUUCGAUUCAACCGGCGACUGGACUCGUCGGCCGUUGCGACAGUCUCACUUGCCCAUCGAGAACAUUAAUUUCUACGCAAAAAUACAAACAGUGUUAUAACGUUGAAAUCUAAUUGAUCUAUGUAUUGUUCAGAGUAUCAAUUUUCUAUUUUACAACCACAAAUUGCGUGAAGAAUGAGUCUACUUGCGUGUCACGAAAGUGGACCAAAAAAUACCGUCGAAUUCACUAUCAAUGGAGUACCAUAUACAGUUUCCAAAGAUAUUACCCCGGGAACAUCUCUAAAUUUAUUCAUACGGGACUAUGCAAAUCUCAGGGGUACGAAAUUCAUGUGCCUCGAAGGAGGAUGCGGCGCGUGCAUUGUUUCAGCUGAAAUAAAUGGAGAAGAAUUGGCGGUGAAUUCGUGCUUGGUACCAAUUCUUAUUUGCAAUGGGUGGAAAAUUAAAACUGUUGAAGGGAUCGGUAAUAAAAAAGAUGGUUAUCAUCCAAUUCAAGCUAAGUUGGCACACAUGAAUGGUUCACAAUGCGGAUUUUGUUCCCCAGGAAUGGUUAUGAACAUGUACAGUCUUUUGCAGAACAAAAAAUUGACUAUGAAGGAAAUUGAAAAUUCCUUUGGGGGCAACAUUUGCCGUUGCACUGGUUACAGACCGAUUUUGGAUGCCUUUAAAACGUUUGCAUCGGAUGCAGAUCCAAAAUUGACACAAAAGAUUCAGGAUAUUGAGGAAUUAUAUAAUAUUCGAACUUGCCCGAAAUCUGGAAAACCAUGCGGUGGUAGUUGCGCAAAAACAGAAGAUACAACAGAUGUAAAAAUACAAUUGAAAAAUGCCUUGUUCUAUAAAGUACACUCGAUUGAAUCGUUGUUUGAUAUUUUUUCCAAGAAUGCCAAAGCAACUUAUGUUCUUAACGGAGGCAAUACUUCUCAUGGUGUUUACCGGAUGGAUAAACCGGAUAUUUACAUAGACGUAAACGACGUUCCUGAUUUACGACGUAUCGAGAAAAAUGACAAUUUCAUGGUUCUCGGGGCGAACGUUACACUGACAGCAGCGAUGGAUGCUUUUAAGAAAUAUUCAAGCGAAAAUGGGUUUGAAUAUUUGCGACAUUUGGCUAAGCAUAUCGAUUUAAUUGCCUCUGUAUCCGUGCGGAAUAUUGGUACUCUUGCUGGUAAUUUAAUGAUAAAACACACGCAUCACGAGUUCCCUUCAGAUUUAUUUCUAAUUCUUGAAACAGUAGGAGCGCAAUUACAUAUUCUCGAAGAUCCUUCAAAAAAGACCAGCACGGCAUUAAUGGACUUUUUGCAUUUAGAUAUGAAGCAUAAAAUUAUUUACAGUAUCUUACUUCCGUCAUUAAGUAAGGACUAUGAAUUCCGAUCGUAUAAGAUAAUGCCCAGAACUCAGAACGCCCAUGCUCACGUAAACGCUGGUUUCCUCUUCAAAUUGGAUGGUACUGGAAAAGUGAUGGAGAAGCCCAACAUAAUACUCGGCGGUAUUAAGCAUGAUUUUUUGCACGCCUCGAAUACGGAGAAAUAUCUUGUUGGAAAAUCUGUUCUGGAUAAAGAAGUUUUCAAAGGUGCUGUUGAGACGUUGCACUCUGAGUUAAAUCCCGAUCACGUACUUCCGGACUACUCAGCCGACUUUCGAAAAACUCUCGCCGAGGGUCUAUUUUACAAGUUUGUACUUGGCAUCAGACCGGAAAAUGUGGACGUUAAAUUACGCAGUGGUGGUGUCCUUCUUGAGCGUGAACUUUCAUCAGGAAAACAAGAUUUUGAUACAGACAAAAAUCUCUGGCCUUUGAAUAAGCCAAUGCCGAAAAUCGAGUCCAUAUAUCAAACUGCUGGAGAAGCUCACUACGUUAACGAUCUGCCAGCACAACCCAAUGAAGUUUUUUGUGCUUUCGUACUGACGGAUGUUCCCAAUGGGAAAAUCGGAAGCAUAGACGCGAAAGCAGCUCUGGAAAGCGAUGGUGUAAUCGCAUUUUUUUCCGCCAAAGAUAUUCCUGGAAAGAACGCCUUCAUUGUUGCGUCGAUUAAGGAACCAUAUUUGGACGAAGAUGAGCUGUUAUUCGCAGAGGACGUUGUACAGUUCGCUGGACAGCCAGUCGGAGUAAUUGUUGCGAAAACCCACGCGCUUGCUAACGAGGCAGUCAAGAAAGUGAAAGUAAAUUACACGGAAACGUUAAAGAAAAAGGCAGUGGUAACGAUAAAGGAUGCUAUCGCUUCCGAUGAAAAAGGAAGAAUUCUUGAGACAGCCAAUGUUCCAGCUAAGAAAAAAGGUACUAAUAUCCAACACGUCAUCAAGGGAGAAUUUGAAUGUUCUGGACAAUAUCACUACACUAUGGAAACUCAGAGUUGCGUAUGCAUUCCGGUGGAAGAUGGUAUGGAUGUUUAUCCAGCUUCACAAUGGAUGGACCUUACACAGAUGUCAAUAGCAACUUGCCUUAACGUACAGGCCAAUAGCAUCAAUAUUCAAGUGAGACGAUUAGGCGGCGGAUACGGCUCAAAAAUUUCAAGAGCAACACAAGUCGCUUGCGCUUGUGCUCUAGUUUGUCACAAGUUAAAUCGUCCAGCACGCUUCGUAAUGUCGAUUGAGAGUAACAUGCAGGCAAUCGGAAAACGAUGUUCCACUCGGCAGGAAUAUGAAGUCGGUGUGGAUGAUAACGGAAAGAUUCAGUACUUGAAUUCGACACAGUGGAGCAACGCGGGUUCUUCGUUCAAUGAACCUCUUGGGCCAGUCAUUAUACAUCACUUUUAUAGCUGUUAUGACCCCACCACUUGGAGUUGUGUGGGCAACGAGGCUAAGACAGAUUUACCGGCCAAUACUUACUGCCGAGCACCGGGUUCUACUGAAGCUAUAAGCAUGGCGGAGAAUAUGAUGGAGCACAUAGCUAGAGCCGUUGGCAAGGAUCCCGUGGAGGUCCGUUUGAUCAACAUGAAUGAGAAGGAUGGAACAGUGUUAAAACCAUUGAUAGAGGAUUUAAAAAAGUCUUCCGAUUUUGAUGCGCGCAAAAGAGCUGUCGAUACUUUCAAUAAGGAAAAUCGCUGGAAGAAAAAAGGCAUUUCUCUGAUACCCAUGAAGUAUCCAUUACUUUUCUGGGGAAAUUUCAAUGCACUUGUUUCCGUUUAUGCACGCGAUGGUACAGUAUCUGUUACUCAUGGCGGAAUAGAAUGCGGUCAAGGGAUUCAUACUAAGAUAGCGCAACUCGCUGCUCAUAUACUGGGAAUAGAUGUGGAAAUGGUAUCGGUAAAACCUAGCAACAAUUUAACGUCGCCAAACAAUUCCGUAACUGGAGGCAGCAUUACAAGUGAAUCCUGUGCAUACGCUACUAUGAAAGCGUGUAAGGAAAUUCUGAAGAGGCUAGAACCCAUUAGAAAAGAAAUGAAUAAUCCAACUUGGAAAGAGCUGGUCUUGGCAGCACAUUUGAAAGAUGUUGAUUUGUGCAGCCGCUUCAUGUUCUCCGUUACAGACGAAGUGAAACCUUAUUCUAUUUAUGGAGUGACUGUUGCCGAGGUGGAGGUCGACAUGUUGACUGGACAGCAUAUUUUACAAAGAGUUGAUUUACUUGAGGAUGCAGGUAUCAGUAUGAAUCCAGAAAUCGACCUUGGUCAAGUGGAAGGAGCAUUUAUUAUGGGAGUUGGGUACUGGACCUCGGAGGAAUUGAUUUAUAACCCUGAAACCGCAGUUCUCACAAAUUACAGAACUUGGAAUUACAAACCACCCGGUGCCAAGGACAUUCCUGUAGAUUUUCGAGUUAGCUUUCGUAGAAACGCUCCGAAUCUAAUAGGCAUACUUCGAUCCAAAGCAACCGGCGAACCUCCUCUGUGUAUGAGCUGCUCCGUUCUGUUUGCAAUUCGCGCAGCUUUGAAUUCAGCUAGAGCUGACGCUGGUAAUACAGAUGCCUGGUAUAACUUACAUGGACCAGCCACCACUGAGAAAAUUCUUAUGAAUAGUCUUACAAGUAUAGACAAAAUGGUAUUUUGAAGACUGUUCUUCUUAUAUAAAAUGUCAAAUACGAAUGAUGCAUAGUUCGAAUAGCAUAAUACAAUUAUAUUUAGAUAUCGAAGCAGUUCCACCGAAAUUGCAAAGGGUAACAAUGUUUUAUAUUAUUAAUGCACUGACGGGUAAAGGUGCUGGUAAUAAGUCCAGUGAUUACAUAAUGCAAAACAAUAAAAAGUGUUACACAAAUCA